UUUAAAAAUAAUAAUAAUGAAAAAAAAGCGAAAAGCAAGACUGAGAGGGAGAAAAGGCCUCCCCAAGCCCUGUGAAGCAACAAGAUUAACGACGUGGUUAAAGGGAAACUCUCCAGCAAUCCCUCAGCUCGGGGAAAUGUUUUCCAGACGCGGCUCUCCGACCUUUCCCUGCUUCCUCCCUGAGAGCGUGUUCCUGCGAGGGAAAACCCCCAGGGAAACGGGUGCAGGCAAUGCCGGCUGGGAUGGUCAGCCCUGGGACCUUCCUGCCCCGAGACCCUCCUGCCCCGCAUGGACGCUCACAGUGGGGUGAUGGUUUUGCCGCAGCCCGGUGCAGAGGAGGAGGGAACAGCGAGAUUUCAUCACGCCAAACAAGUGCAGAGCCCUGUGCCCUGGCCCGCUGCAAUCCCCACGCCCACGCUGAGUAUCCCAACGCCGCUGCCUGCAGGAUGCCUGAAUAUCCUGGUAUUUCGUGGUGCCAAACAUCCCAGCACCGCUGCGUUCCGCCACGGUGCAGAACAUCCCGGCAGCACUGCCUGCUUUGACACUGCCCAGGGAGCAGCAUCCCGACCCUGCUGAUUCUGGUGCACAACCCCACAAGCUGUGGGGGGAUGUGGGGCACAGCUGGGGAGCUCAGGCAGGGAGCAGGAUCUGGGCAUUGCAGGGACAGCAGCAUCUGAGGGAUGCGGGGAGAUGGGCAGCCCCCGGCCCUCCUGCUCUCCGGGGCUGCUUUCCCAGCGUGGGCGGCAGCGUGGCCCCUUCCGCUCCCCGUGGCCCCCGCCGAGGGACCGGGACCGUGCCCCCACCGAGGCCAUCGCCCUGGGGAGGGGCUGGAUGGGAACCUCAUGGCGGGGCUGCCAGAAAUAGCAAAGCCUUUGGGAAAGGCGACUCCCCCGCGGGCUGGGAAAGCGGAAGCGUCAUCUCAGCUGUGUCUGGGCUGUGUUCGCAGCCAGCUCCUUCCCAGCCCCGGGUACUUCCUCGCGGUGGAGCAGCACCGGGUGCCGGACACCCACCUUCCCUGGCCGGUGGUGUCUCCUCACGCUCCUGGGAAACCAGUGACUGGGGGCUGGCAGCUGAGGCUGAUCCAGUGCCAGCCACUCCCUGCGCGGCCACCCUGGCUGGGCAUCAGCCUCAGCUUGCCAGCACACCUGGGCACACAGAAGCCUGUGCCAGGCCCCAGCUGGUACCACAGCCCAGGAAUCUUGGCAGCCGGUGCCUGAGGUCCCUCCCCUGCAGCAGCUCAGCUCGCUCCGUCCUCUGAUAAGAUUCUAAGGGCCCUGAGCUGGAGAGCUACAUCCAGGGCAGCGUGAAGCCAGAGGUGGCGGAGCUGCAGCAGACGGCAGUGCAGAACCAGACCGCAGCCAUGCUGGAGAUCGGCAGCUCCCUCCUCAACCGCAGCGCCGAGCAGAGCCGCAAGCUCACCGACGUGGAGGCCCAGGUGCUGAAUCAGACGUGGCGCAUCGAGAUGCAGCUCCAGGAGAAUUCCCUGUCCACCACCAAGCUGGAGAAGCAGCUGCUGCUGCAGACCAAUGAGAUCCACAAGCUGCAGAACAGAAACAACAUCCUGGAGGUGCGGGUGCUGGAGAUGGAAACGAAGCAGCAGGCGGAGCUGGCGGGGGCCCACUCAGAGAAGGAGAAGCUGCAGCGGCUGCUGAGCCGGCAGAGCAGCACCAUCGAGGAGAUGGAAAAGACGCUGCUGGCUGCCAGUGCCAACACCAGCCUGCUCCAGCGCCAGCAGCUCCAGCUCAUCCAGUCUGUCCAGAGCCUGGUGCGCCUGGUCUCCCAGGGCAGAGCCAUGUCACCUGGGCAGCAGCAGCAUUUCCAGGACUGUGCUGAGGUGCGCCGGGCGGGCAUCCAUGCCAGUGGCAUCUACACCCUGCACAUUGCCAACCUCAGCGAGCCCAAAAAGGCAUACUGUGACAUGGAGACGGAUCGAGGGGGCUGGACCAUCAUCCAGCUUCGUGCCAACGGCAGCCUCAGCUUCCAGAGGAGCUGGAGGGAGUACAAGCAGGGCUUCGGGGACGCGUCGGGGGAAUACUGGCUGGGGAACGAGGCCGUGCACCUGCUGACGAGCCGGGGGCCCUACGCCCUGAGGGUCGAGCUGCAGGACUGGGAGGGCGGCCAGGUGUAUGCCCACUACGGGAAAUUCCAGCUGGGGAGUGAGCGGCAGUUCUACAGGCUGUCGCUGCAGGACUACAGCGGCACGGCUGGGCGGCAGAGCGGCCUGGCACUGCAGGGCACCCAGUUCAGCACCCGUGACGCCGACAACGACAACUGUCUCUGCAAGUGUGCCCAGAUGCUCUCGGGAGGAUGGUGGUUCGAUGCCUGUGGCCUCUCCAACCUGAACGGCAUCUACUACCCGGCCCGGAACAACAUCCGCAAGCUCAACGGCAUCCGCUGGCACCACUUCCAGGGGCCCAGCUACUCGCUGAAGGGCACCCGCAUGAUGAUCCGACCCACCGGCUUCUAACGUGCCAGCGCCGAGAGACAAGGCCGGGACAAGGGAUGGUUGGGGGCGGCCAAGAUGCCCCAGCUGCUGCAGGGAACCUUUGCCGUGAAUUUUGUUUUUUACUCUUGUUUAUCCCAUUUUUCAGAAGUCUGCGGUGUCACCACGGCUGUGCUGGAGGAACCGUGGGCAGGGGUGUAGGGCGCUGCAGGAGCGGGAGCUGCAGGAGCUGGAGUGGGACAAAGCCAGACCUGCCAGAGUGGGCUCUGGCACAUGGAAACCCCCUGAUCUCACCUCAGCUUCCCUCCCUGAAUUUCUGCUGGGGCCUCAGGGUCUUGUCUUGGGGACAGGGCUCCAAGAUCCCCUCAGUGAUGGGGCUCUGAGAACCCCAGGACCAUGUGCUUUCAGAGGGACCCCAGACGUGAUGGGGGCUCUGCCUGCCUUUUCGCUGGGUUUGGAUAUUGUGAAUCCCUCACCAUUCCACUUUCCUGCAGGAUUAGAGGGGCUGGGUGGGACAGGAGUCCUGAUAAGCAUGGGGGCUGGUGGUGUCCCUUCCCCUUUUGUCCAGACGCAGCCAUGCAGAGGGCCACAGGCUGUCCCCUUCCAAGCAUGGCCCGAGCCACUGUCCCCAUGAAUGGCAGGAGCCUCACGGGAUGGAGCUGGGUUUCUUCAGCUCUCAGAAAAAUCAGGAAGAGCAGGGAGUGUCCUUGGGGACCUUCAUGGGGACCAGUCCUAGGAUGGCCAGUGGCCCAGUUCUGGAAGGCUCCUGCUGGGAGCAGACACUGCACUGGCAGGGGCUGGCAGGGCCCCAGGAAGGGGCUGGGGGUCGUGGGCGGGGAGGGGACUGUGGGUUAAAGGGGCUGGGAGACGGGGGGUGGUGGGUGCUGGCACCGACACCGGCUGUGCACGCAGCAGCGGGGGGGCUCCUGCUGCCUGCCCUCAUCACUGUCCCGAGGCACCCGCUAAUUAACACUGAUUAAAGCACGUGACGUUGUUGGCGCUUCCAGAAGAUGCUCAUCAGCGGGGAAUAAUUAAAAAAUGGAAAACACGG